AUGGCGAGCCACAGUCACUUUCAUCGCCUGCGUGCUCGUCGUCAGGUCAUCGAGGUUGAGCAGGCUAUUGAAGAGCGAGCAGUAUCAAUUGUCUACGUGACAGCUCCAGCAACCUUUGAUGGACCGAUUGGAGGAUACAGUACUGUGGGCGCCGAUGAACCUCCAGCACCUCCUACCUUCGCUCCCGCCCCAGUACGACCAACACAACCUCCUCCAGCUCCUCCAGCAGCCGUCCCUACGAGACCUGCUCCUGCUCCAAGACCAUUGUCAAGUGUCGCCCCUUCAGAGGCCCCGCUUGUUGAUGAUACACCCGUUCCAACCCCCUCUGCUGCCGAAGCACCAUUGUCAACUGAGCUUCCAACCGCAAUAACCCCCCCCUCAAUUACUCUCUCGAGUUCCAUCGCAAUUCUUGCUGCGUCGAGUGCUCUGUCCUCUCCUCCAAACGGAUUAGCCGCUUCAGCAACGGGUUCCUCCGCCAAGUCGAGCUCAACAAGCGAAGCCAGCACUUCAAGUGAGGGUAUGAGUGGUGGAGGAAAGGCUGGUAUCGUCAUUGGGCUUUUGCUACUGAUCGGUGCCAUCCUUGCAAUUGUUCUUUACGCAUUCAAGAGACGCAAGGAUGCAAACAAGGUUGCUCUUGCAGACCAUGAGAAGCAAGAGGAUCCUUUCGCGGAUUCGGUUUCUCGUGCUCCAAGCAUCAGAACUAAUGCCACUGCUCCUCGUUUGUCUCUUCGUCCGGUCACUCAAUUCAUCCCCAACUUGAUGGAGAGACGUGUUAGCAAAGGAAAUGCUCUCAUGACUACAUCGGCCGCUCCAAAUACCGAAAAGGCUCUUCCCCCAGUGCAAAUGCAAAGACCGGAUACCAAUGCAUCAAACAACUCGGCUAAUCCAUUUGGCGACCACGCAAGAACCAUUGAUGUCGAGAAUGCCAAUGGCGCACCAACUAUUCCUGAUAUGACAACCCCAGUCGUAGAAUCUGUUGCCAACUCUCGUGCCAGCAACGGAGCCGCUGUUGUAGCUGCUGCAGGUACCGCCGCAGGUGCUGCUGCUGCCACUGGUCUUAGCAGAGGGGCUUCGAAGUGUGGAAACGGUCCUAAACCCAUGGAUUUCACCAAAGCCGGACCCUUCAUGGGUCCUCCAAGUCCUGCAGGAACUGAUUUCAGUAUGUCGUCUGAUUCUCCCAACACCCCGACACAAACUAGCACCGCCGUCGCUAUUGCAGCUGCUGGUGGUCCAGCUAACAGCGUUGUUCACCGCGUUCAACUCGACUUCAAGCCUUCAAUGGAUGAUGAGCUCGAGCUACGUGCUGGCCAAUUGAUCCGUUUGUUGCACGAGUACGAUGAUGGAUGGGCUCUUUGUAUUCGCCUCGAUCGAUCAAAGCAAGGUGUGGUCCCAAGAACAUGUCUUUCUACUCGCCCUGUCAAGCCUCGUCCACAACAAAAUAGCCCUCGUACUCCUCCUGGACAAGGUCGCCCAAUGACACCUACUGGUCGAAUGACACCAAACGGACAACCUCAACCUGGAAACCCUAAUCGCCCUAAUGGUCCUAACCCAAUUCGAUCGAUGACUCCUACCUCUCCAGGCAGUCAACAUCGCGCGAUGACACCCUCUAGCCAAGGCCAAGGUCGUCCCCAGGCCCCGUCAAACGCACAACAACAAGUUCGACAAAACAGCCCACCUGGCCCAACAAGUUUGAACCCAGUAAAUCCUCCGUACCCAGUCGAUAACAAUGGACCUCCAAGACCAUCUGUAAAUGCCCCAGUACGAAAGCCCGUUCCAGGUCAAGCACUAUGA